UCCCGGAGCGCGCACGAUCGCGGCUCCGGCGGCCGGCCUCGGCGAUGGCGUCGCCGGAGGCGAGCAAGAGGGGCGGGGGCGGACGCAGGCAGGGCUUCGGUGGGUCCGAGGGGGCGGGGAUGCCCAUGGACGUGCUGUUCGAGAUCCUGCUGCGGCUGCCGGCGAAGGACAUCUGCCGCUUCCGCGCCGUGUGCCGGUCGUGGCGCGCCAUGACCACCCGCCGGGUCUUCGUCCGCGCGUACGCGGCCCGCAACCCGGGCCCCUACGUCGCCACCUCCUUCGCCGAUGACGACGGCGGGGGCGAGUCCUGCGGCGUCGACAUCACCGACCUCUACUCCGGCGACGUCGUCAAGAGGAUCCGCACCGACGUCAGGGGCUUCAGAGUGCAGCGCACGCGCUCCGACCUCGUCUGCCUGGUCGAAGGGGCCAACCCCCUGGCCGUCACCGUGCUGAAUCCGGUCACUGGCGCUACCUGCACCGCUGCAAAGAGCAUCUCUGAUGAGUAUGACCAUCUUCUUCUGGAGUCAGGCAGAGGCAGUGUCACCAUGGAUUCUUGUGCCCUUGGGAAGGUCCCCUCCACGCGGGAGUACAAGGUGCUUCGUUUCCUUCAGUGUGGUUACCUGCAGCAGCUAUGCGAGGUCAUGACCCUCCACAGGAGUGGCGUUUCGCAGUGGAGGGCAGCGGAAUCCCCUCCUGCACCUGUCUCCGUGCGCAACAAGACGAGGAGCGUGGUCAUCAAUGGGGUUGUGUAUUUCUUGUUCGAUUUCCAGGGGUGCCUGUACAUAUAUCCUCACAUGGCUAUUCCACCAGGUUGCAUACUCCCAUUUGACCUUGAGACGGAGGAGUGGAUGGGUAUUAUGAAUGGGCCGGAACCUGUCACCGCAUUCUACAAGGAGAAUAAUGUGUUGUUUCUCUCCCCGAGCCAUGAAAAUUUGGAGCAUGUCUCGCUAGCCGAUUUGAAUGGCUGCUUAGCCACAGUGCACACCAUAUAUGGUUCCUGCAUGGACCUAUGGUUUCUAUCAGACCCUGAGGAAGGCCUCUGGGUUAAGAAGUACAGCUUAAGUUUCCAAUACUUAAGGCUAAAGGAUUAUCCUUUGCUGUUGUUUGAUGAUGAAGAGAUCGUCUUCCUAGCGCAAGCACCUGAUUGUCUACGAAGUUAUUAUCCGGAAGCAGGCACUUAUGCAGAUUUUUUGGACCUGGAAAAUGUCAGAUCUGUUGGUAUUUAUACUGGAAAUCUAUUGAGUUUCAGGAGUGGAUUUUACUGAUCAUUUCUUGCAGGUUGUGCAUUCUGCCUUCUGUAUUCUCCAAAGAAGUUGCUGCUUUGGCUCCCUGAGGCUACUUGAGCGAGCUACAUUGUCUCGUAAUUUGCUCUCCAGAUGGAGCAAAUGAUGUGAUCUCAUUCAGUUACAACAGUGAAAUACUCCUAUAUCAGAUUCCCGUUUGUCUUCUGAUGGCGCAAGCUGGUGUUAAUCACCCUAUUGUGCCAUCUUUUUACCAUUUGUAAACAUCUGUGUUGGUACUGAUCUGUGUGCAUGGUACUUUGCCCUCUUAAGACUCUGGGCUGACUGUUUGUCAGUAUGGUUUGAGCAUAUGGAUAUGGAGCUUCUGAACAACCUGAUCCCUAUGGUGCUAUUAAUCUGAAUGUAUACAUUUUUUUCCCUGUUGAGCUGAGUUUGAUCUGAAGGUACUGCAGCUCGUCAUUUUCUACU